ACGUGGAGUGGGACGGAAAGAGGAAGUGGGAGGCUGUGACCUCGCUUUCCGACCCCUUCCCGGGCCCCCACCCCCAGCACACCUCCUCCCCACGCUCCUCCUCUCGGAUUUCACCGCUCAGAGGAAGCCGCCCAGGCCACCACCCACCUGUGCCAGGUGCGGCCCACAGGCCAGGGCCACGCUUUGGGAGAGUGAAAUCAUGGAGUCUUCCUCCAAGACCUUCAUGAGACACCUGCCAGUCACACCAGGCUACAGUGGCUUCGUGCCCUACCUUAGCUGCCAAGAAUCCACCAGCAAGGACAACAUGUCCCACUGCCUGAAAACCUUCCAGGAAAGCACACGGCGAUAUAAACACCAGCUGGAGGAGUUUCGCUGCUCAGUGGCCGCUGCCCGGAAGCUGAAGCCCGUUUGCUCGGAGGAGACGGUCCUGCGGGAGCUGCAUCAGUAUUAUCGGCAGUAUCACCCCCUGAGUUUGGGUACCGGCUCCCGGAAACCUGCCCCCUUCCCCCCUGGGCACAAGUGCAGGGCCCGGCAGGCCCCAGGGGACACAGAAUCCAGCACCCGUGCCAAAUCCCCAGAAUGCAAACACAUAAAGAAACCUCUCCAGGAGCCUCCAAUCCCCGGCUGGGCUGGCUACCUCCCGAGAGCCAGGGUCACGGAAUUAGGCUGUGCCACGAGGUACACUGUGAUGGCCAGAAACUGCUACAGAGACUUCCUGGACCUCGUGGAGCAGGCCAGGAAGGCACCCCUGAAGCCAUAUGAGGAAAUAUACGGAGUCGGGUCCACACAGCCUCCUUUUGCUCCUUCUCCAAAGGUUUUGCAGCACCAAGGGCUACUGCCAAAAUAUUCAGAGUUUUCUAUCCCAGGUGGUAGCUGUCCUGCCCACGGAAGACCCCUGACAGAGGACCCCAGGCCUCCAGUGACGUGUGGCUGUGCCCAGAGAUCAACUAUGUCCUGCAGCGGGAAGAUUUAUCUAGAGCCUCUGCCCUCAGCAAAGUAUGCAGAAGGCUGAGGCAGACAGCCCCUCAAGGAGAGGUGAACUUCAAGGGGGGACUCAAAAGCUCACCAUUCUUACCUGAGAACCAGGCCCUGACCCACACCCAACAGGCACUACGGAACUUUCAAAACCUAAGAAUCCUUUCGACUGCCACCUGCACCCUGUUUGGCAAUAGCAUGCCAUUAAUGAUAAAGGCCUUUUAUUGUGUGGGAAUAAAGAGGAUGCUUCUCA